CCGACGACACCGGUUAGGCGAGGAUAUACACAUACUUACACACUUAUACACAAGCACACACAUAUAUAUGUAUACACUCACAAACACAUUUAUACACACACGCACUGUAUUCCGUAACGCAAAAACGAGCACGCAGCACUUUUCGAAACAACUGCGGGCGUAAAACUGUGCGCGUGAGGACGGGGAAAUCCGACAAGAUGUGUUUGUAGCCUAACUGCUGUGCGCGGAGACGGUCCCUAUUCUUCUCUAGCAUUGGCUCCCGUGCAAACAGCCGCGUUGGAUCCGUCGGGUUACUGCGAGCCUCCGGUGUAUAACCCGGACCUCUGCCCCAACAUGAUUGCCGCGCAGGCCAAGCUCGUGUACCACCUAAACAAGUACUACAACGAGAAGUGCCAAGCGCGCAAGGCGGCCAUCGCUAAGACCAUUCGCGAGGUGUGCAAGGUGGUCUCAGAUGUGCUCAAGGAGGUCGAGGUGCAGGAGCCGCGCUUCAUCAGCUCACUCAAUGAGCUGGACAACCGGUUCGAGGGCCUCGAGGUGGUCUCGCCCACUGAGUUCGAGGUGGUGCUCUAUCUCAACCAGAUGGGAGUCUUCAAUUUUGUGGACGACGGCUCCUUGCCCGGCUGCGCCGUGCUGAAGCUGAGCGACGGCCGCAAGCGCAGCAUGUCUCUCUGGGUGGAGUUCAUCACGGCCUCUGGAUACCUGUCGGCGCGCAAGAUCCGCUCGCGUUUCCAGACGCUUGUGGCGCAGGCCGUGGACAAGUGCAGCUACCGCGACUCGGUCAAGAUGGUGGCCGAUACAAGCGAAGUGAAGCUGCGCAUCCGCGACCGCUACGUUGUCCAGAUCACACCGGCGUUCAAGUGCACAGGCAUCUGGCCGCGCAGCGCCGCGCACUGGCCCCUGCCACAUAUCCCUUGGCCCGGUCCAAACCGUGUGGCCGAGGUCAAGGCUGAGGGUUUUAACCUGCUCUCCAAGGAGUGCUACUCGCUGAACGGAAAGCAGAGCUCGGCCGAAAGUGACGCCUGGGUGCUGCAGUUCGCCGAGGCCGAGAACAGGCUGCUGCUCGGCGGAUGCAGAAAGAAGUGUCUCUCGCUGCUGAAAACUCUGCGCGACCGCCACCUCGAACUCCCCGGGCAGCCGCUCAACAAUUAUCACAUGAAGACCUUGGUUUCCUACGAGUGCGAGAAACAUCCACGGGAAUCGGACUGGGACGAAAACUGUCUGGGAGACCGACUGAACGGCAUUCUACUGCAGCUCAUAUCGUGUCUGCAGUGCCGCCGGUGCCCGCAUUACUUCUUGCCGAACCUCGACUUGUUCCAGGGCAAACCGCACUCGGCGCUCGAAAACGCCGCCAAGCAGACUUGGAGGCUUGCAAGGGAGAUUCUGACCAACCCGAAAAGUCUGGAGAAGCUUUGAGGUAAAGCAGAGACUCAAGAAAUUCUAUCCACAUGUACUGUGCGCAGUGAAAAAUCAUAGGCGUAAAGUCUGGUACUGAAGUUUGGAAGCCUGUUACAGGCGAGCAGCCUGGACAUAUAAAGAAACAAUAACGCUCACUGAUCUUUAAACCUUACCCCUUCUACUUAAAACGUGUCUGUAUAAAAAUUAUUUUAGAUAUCACAGUCUAAAAUAGUUUUUAUAGCUCAUGUCAAGAAAUUACUAUUCUAUUUUGUGUUUUGUGUUGCUCUUAUACGCAAGCAAAAAAUGUAACAAUCAAAAUGUUUAUUUGGUUAUUUAUCAGCGUUAUAUAUUUUUUUUCUUAUUGAGCCUUCAGUCCAACAAAACCUUUUAAAAGCCCCACAAAGGUUUAUGUCUUUUUUUUCCUUCGUGACUAAUUAGACAAAACAAACCCUGUACAUUUUUAUAUUGUAAAUACACACAUUUGUAGUGUAAAUUUGUGGUCUAAGAAAAUUGUGAAUGUUGUUCUGUGACAUGUAAAAUAGAGGUUUAACUCCACCUGUUUGUUUUAUUACGUUCGCGUGAAUUAUUUCUGAUAGAAAAGAUAAAAAAAAUACCCAUUUAGACCCACAGUAAUAGUUUGACUAUUGUUCAUGGCAAGUUCCUAUUUUUUAGAGUUUACAGUCGGUGGUUCUAUUUGUUACGUUUUUUAGACAUUCCAUAAGAAUACUUGAAUUCUUAUUUAAAGAAUAUUCCACCUUUUUUUGGUUGUACCUUGCUUACAAGAUAAAAAGCUGAAAAUGAGAAUAUUGAAUUAUAUAUAUAUAUGGGAAAAAAUAUACCUGAAAAACAAUGCACUUGAAAUACA